AUGGGUCAAGGUAAUUUUCAUAUUGGUCCCAUACUCAUUUUUACAUUUUCUAACUUGACCUUGCCUUUUGUCAUCGCUUAAUUACUUCUUAAAAAAGCUUCUGUAUAAACAUCACGUCUCCACACUCUUUAGCUAGUUCCGUUACAGCAACAAAUCAAUGAAUCAUCUGAGCCUAUCAAUCAAAAGCAUACAACUUCCUAUAAUCAUUCCGGACCUAAAGUACUUUACAGUGAUGUCGUGAUUGUCGAGUCCUUGGCCGGAGUGGUUGUUUGUGCGAAGAUCACCAUGUACCAGAGAUGUUUUUCCCGAAUGCGAAUUGUUAUACUCACUUGCUCCCCCAAAGCACAACAGGGGAUAGUCUCUCCGUAAAUAACAAAUUCUAAUGUAUAGGACUGAGUCGAUUUAUAAACAGCUUUAUUCUAGCUACGCGCACAACUGAUUGACGCAAAUACUGAUAUACAUUUUUUAGUUGUCUUGUUAAACAUUUAUCUAGUAAACCAAUGUAAUUCAGAUCGGUUUACAAGAGUUAAAUUGGUGUUUGUGACGUUAUCACCGCGUAGCUCAGUUGGCAGAGCCGAUUGGGCUAGUGUUCCAAAGUUCGUAGGUUCGAUUCCCACCGUGGCCGGGCAUAUCUUUCAAGCUCGCCCGGUGUGGAUAUUCACUCAGAGUAACAUCACAAACAUAAUAUUCAUGCACCUGAGUACACAACACCAACACAGAAAAAAAACAUAUUACUAGAUUAGGCCUACAUUGGUAUCGAAGGAACUAGAUUCUGUUCCGAAAUAUCAUUUACUCGAACCGACCUGACCGCGUAGCUCAGUUGCAUGGCAGAGCAUUGCAUGGGCUAGUAUUCCAAAAGGUCGUAGGUUCGAUCCCCACCGUGGCCGGGCAUAUUUUUCAAGCUCGUCCGGUGUGGAUAUACACUCAGAGUAACAUCACAAACAUCAUAUUCACCUGAGUACACAACACCAACCCAAAAAAAGUUUAAUUGGUAUUUAAAUAUUAACAAAAACCGUGCAGUAUAUAUAUAUCGUAAAAAUUUAGGUCAAAUUUAUUACCCACAAGGCCGAUAUAUGGCCACAAUGUAUAUUAAAUUAAGCCGAUGAUCAGUUUCAUGUUUGUUCUUGUCUAUAAAGGCGAUUUUGCCUGAAUUUUAAUAUAAAACAGCUAAAAAGCGGAUGCUAAUCUCACAUAUACAUCUGCAUGCAAAUAGAGCCAAAUUGAUGACAGCUUUGCCUAGAAAUUUUAAUGGGAUUGGUCAUAUAAUUGCUUCCGGAGAAACUCACAAAUUUUGUGCGUUGACCGCUCCUUUUUCGGCCGUGCAGAUCCUCAUGCUUGAGAUCGAAAAUACUCUAUCCGUACGUGCUUCAGCUACAAAAUGCACGUCCAUCUACAAAAUUUCUACUAGUUCCUCUCCAGCAUCACGUCAUAGACAUAGUCGGUCAUCUUCCUUUCUCGUUGCAUAUAAAUAGACCAGUUGCAGUGUUCUCUUCUCAAAUUAAAACUGAAACUCAGUCUAUACACUGUACAUUUUUUCGUCCCAAUACGAAAAUUACAGAGCAAGGAAAAGGUAAGAAUUUCAUACAUCUUAAGAUAAAUUGUAUAGUAAUUUACAGUGAUAAUUUGUAGGGUAAUAGGUGGACAAUGUAUAUUUGUAUAUUUUCUAAUUUCUUCCCUUUGUUACUCAUUUUUCACAAAGUGCAUUUAGUUUAAUAUGCUUUUAAUUUAAACUUAUAGAAAAGCUAGUUUUAUUGCAUGGCAUCUAUCAUUUCACUCUGCAGGCCACGCUAUAUCCUUGUCAGCCGGAAUGCGCCAGCGCUAGCUGUGCAAUGGCAAGGAAAUGAUACCAAAAUAAUAGGAGUGAAUACGGUGAAGGGAAAGCGUUUAAGACAAGAGGCCGUGGGCUGUUGGCCAAAAUUAUUUCGCUUCGUGGCACCCAUGUAGGAAAUACUUGAUUUGGGGUUUAUUUGAAAGGCAUAUAGGUACAUCACUACCAAAAAAAGUUCCCAAGCAAAAAAGUUGCACAAUCCCGAGAAAAUGGGUGAUCAAUGAUUAUCCUCUAUUAAAUUGUAUUACAGCAAAAAAAUGUGUAAUUCUGUAUUCAAUUACAAUAAAAAUAACUUGCAUCAUCGGAAAACGUAGAAAAACCCGCAUAUAAGACUUUUAAGCAGUUUUUUGAUUUUUCAAAUAGUCUUUGAGUUAUUGCUGUUUUAAAUGUGAAAAUUGGACCAAAAACGCGUUUUUGACAGCGUAUAACUCGAAAACAAUUUUAAAUAUAAAAAACUGUUUAAAUGUCUUAUAUAUAGGUUUUUGUAAGCUUUCUGAUAAUGCAAGUCAUUUUUGUUGUAAUUGAAUACAAAAUUUUACAUUUUGCCGCCGUAAUACAAUUUAAUAGAGGAUAAUCACUGAUCACCCAUUUUCUCGGUAUUGGGCAAGUUUUUUGCUUGGGAACUUUUUGUGAUAAUUAAGCAUCUAUGGUACUAUGAAUUGAACCACAGAAAAUCUAUUUCCCAGGAGGGUGUCACGAAAUCGCUUUUCUGGGCACUUUUUCGCACAACAGCCCACGGCCUAAAGGCAACGGCUGAAACUAUAUAAAGUAGGGAAUGCCAAGAUGAAGUCCUAUAUUGAGUGUAUACGCUCUUGUAAUUUUCUUUACAGUUUUUGCUAGAGCUUCUGAAGACAAGUUAGUUUUUCUUAAAUGCGGAAAUUUUAUCACACGGAGAUUCUAGCAGAUGUUGUAAUUUUUCUGCCUCAUCCGGUUUAACUCUAAGUACUGUUUAAUAAACGAGCAGGAGUGUUUUAUUAGGUUUAAAGACACGAGCGCGCAGCGCGAGUGGCUUUAGACCUAAUAAAAGACGACUUGCGAGUUUAUUAAACGGCUUCAAACACGACUAUACAAAUUCAAUAGAUAUACCGCCUUAUUAGUAUUCUUUAUAUAAAAAAUAGUAAAGAGGACACGACAACGAUAGAUACUGCCUUAUUAGUAUUCUUUAUAUAAAGAAUACUAAUUAGGAGUGUUUUAUCAGGUUUAAAGCCACUGCACGUGACAUAUUACAGUUGACAUGAUUUGCCAAUAAGCUCAUGAAUUAUUAAUGAGUGUUUGAACUUUGUUUUAUACAUUUAGAUGUUUUAUGGACCCAUUAUGAAGAAUCUUUUGGUGAUUACCAUUCUCCUGUUUGUUUCUGUAAACAGCCGACCAGUCAGUAAAGGUAAUUUAGAAAUACAUUACGUGGACUUCACGAAAAAUAUUACAACUAGUUACAGAAAAUAUUAUGUACCUCAACUUUAAGUUGAAUGGCAUUUGUAACGCUGUGAUUUUUUACGGUAAUCCACCAUAAAUCAUAAUCCAUAAUUUCUUAAUGUUCUCCAUAAUAUCUCGUUCCUCUCGUUCCAAAUGGCGUCCCCGAGGUUUUGUUCUUAUAUGUUUUAUUCGUAAAGAUUUCUUGCUUUAACUAAAGAUUUUCACGUGAAUAUUAGGAGACAUAUGUUAUACUUUUAAUGAUCCAAGGCCGACAUGGGUUCAAAUACUUUAAUUAUAAGGAAAACGUCAAAAACCCAGGUAUAACUUACUGAAUAGAUAGAAAGGUAAACAAUUCGUAUUCGCUUUGUUAUUCACCAAGUAUUCACAAUAUUCUCCUUUGUUAUUCACCAUAUUCUCAUGACAUCGUGGGUUCUUUAAUUAACUUUCCUAUAACAUACCCUCCACUCGGGGAUCAGGGGAAAUAUUACGGUCAGUGAUAUCGGAUAUUUCAUUACAAAUAGGGUGGUAUUUCGCAGAUUUCACCCUCACUCCGGAUAUAUAAAUAAAUAGUACUAUACUUAGCAAUUAUAUAAAUUUACCUGAAACAUAAUUAAAAGGCCAUUUUCCAUUGCAGUCGCUUUCCCCGCGCGAGUGGAGCGACCAAUCUUAAGGCAAUUUUCCAUUGCAGUCGCUUUGCCCACGUGGGUGGGGCGACAUUACUCAACUUUCUCUGUAGUCACUGUCUAACCUGUGCAUUUUUUGUCCGCCUGAAUGCUCGCGGACACGCCAUGAAAGUAGAACUACAUCCAACUUUCUUGGCGUGACCGGGCGACUGACUUUUCACGUGACUGCAAUGGAAAAUGGCCUUUAAUCACGUGAAAAAUCAGUCGCGCGGGCACGCUAAGAAAGUUGAAUGUAGUUCUACUUUCAUGGCGUGUCCUCGAGCAGUCAUGCAGGCGGACAAAAAAUGCACAUGGGAUAGACAACUACAGAGAAAGUUGGGUAAUAUUCGAUCCAUCCGCUCGGGCAAAGCGACUGCAAUGGAAAUAACUUGCGAUCAGGCGAGCGGGCGAAGCUAGAAUAAUGAAGGCCUGACACAAAUGUUGCUAGAAGUGAAGUUCGUGUCAUGUUAUUUCAAGCAUCAAGCCAUAUAUAUUUAGUACAUCGUUUUAAUUAGUAAUGUUAUACAGAUAGGAUGAAUUGCAAACGUAAUUGGCUGAUUUGUGGUCACGUGGCUUUAGAUAAAUGCAAUGUCAAUCCCGCCGGGUAACAAGCCAUGCAUGACCAGUUACUCAGACACUAUUCAUGUGAAUAAACAAAAAGGCGGCAGAACACGCAAUUUUAUAAACUACGAUUUUCCAAGUUAGCGUUAAUUUAAAAUAAAGAAUAUAAAAGAGAAUUCAAAUACAAAACAGAAAUCAGGAUAUGCUCCUGAAACCCUUUGAGUACAGGAGUUCUUUUAAUUUUAAACUCGUUUACACUCGUCAACAAUUACUUGUAUAAGAAUGUUGUUGAUUUUCUUUUGUCGCAAAAUAACAAAACACUUUGAGACACUCGGGAAACAAAACUAACUCUUUUCAAUUCCUUGGGAGCAAAUGUUAGAUUUACAAUAUAUUUAGAAGUUGUAACUAUAAUUAAAUUGUUGUUUUUAUAUGAAAUUGAGCAGUAAACGCAAUACACCCUUUCGAUAAUUACGUCACACAUAUUUUUAGUCCUGGAGCCCCGCUCUCAUUAGUAAGUUACCCAAGAUGAUUGGCUCACGGUUCAUGAGAGCGAGGCUCACAGGCCAAAUGACGUAAUUAUCGAAAGGGUGUAUUGAAUAAUGCCAGUCCAUAGUCUAUGAAGAUAUGAUGCAGGUCUGGAAAUUAAUUGUGUUGUUGUUGUUUGAAUUUCAUUAUGUUAAUUUGUACACGGUCCCAGUGUUUAAGCCCAUUGUAUCUUCGUAUAAUAAAGUAACCGCCCAAUAUAGGAAUAGUUGAGAUGAAACGUGUAACCAUGCACGAUGAAUAAUAUUUAAUGAAGAUGAGACAAAGGAAUGGUGCAUGGUGAAGUACAGCUCAACAUCAAACAAAGGCUUUCUAUUUAACUUUGACGUUUGCAGGGCUCACAGACCAUAAAUCAUAAUAUCUAAUUCACAGAUUAUGACCAGUCUAUAACUAUAUAUACUAUCAAAACUCAUCACGACUUUUUAGAGAAGCGAAAGAAAAUAUAUACUUGAACCUGUGUGCUCCUUAAUAUAGAUUGAUAUAAAAACAAUUCAUGGAUCGAACCUAGAAACCUCAUCAAUUUGUAACAUGUCCAUGCAUGUAAUUUCAGAUUGCCGCAAAGAUAUCCUCGUUCUUUUGGACAGUUCCAUAAGUAUAGGUGAAACAAAUUUUGAAUCCAUACGGGAAUUCCUAAUAGACCUCGUCAAAAAGCUGAAAGUCGGUCCAGACGGUGUACAUCUUGGUCUGAUAACGUUUUCAAGUAAGGAGAAAACUGAGACAUUGUUGGAUGUUGCGGAGAAACAAAAUCAAACAGAAUUGAUAAAGUGGCUGAGAGAGCUGGAUUAUACAAAACUGAUGGGCGGUACCACCAGAACGGACCUUGCGUUUAAAAUCGCAAACGAAGUAAGUCAUUAAUAAAUACGAAAAACAGUUAAUAAGUUAAUUCAUGCACAAACAUUUCAGACUGUUUUAGCAAUUACAGAUGAUACAGAAUUUUCAAUUGAAGUUUAUAGUGAUUGUUUAUAAGAACAAAUGUACAUGAUAUAUUUCAGGCAUUGAAAGUUCUAUAUAUAGUGAAAGCAAGUAUAAUCUUUCGCUUGGGUUUAAUUUAUCAUUUUGUAAACGAAAAAAAAAUGUGUUACCAUCGUUACCACUAACUUUCCCACAGAAACCAAAAUUCUUGUAAAGAAGGAUAUUAACACAAAUAAAAGUUUCGGCAGCAUAUUUUUUUAUCCGGCAGCUAAUGGCGAUACCGGAUCUGAAUCAAAACCUAUACCAUGGAAAUUUCUGAAAAUUUAUGUGCGAACAGCAUCGAGUAUCGACCAAUGGCUAUCGGCUUGCUGUCAUUGGCAACGAUACUAACCAAUCUUUUGCAAGAUAUUCUAUAGUGGCAAUCGCUGUUUUUUAGACAUAAACUGAAUUCAAGUCCUCUGAUUCUGUCCCUUUUUUGUGGCAUGCAGCAGUCGGAAAAAUUGAAAUUUGUCUCAUUCCCAAAAUUAAUUGUCUAUAUACCAAUGUGCAUGGUAUUAAUGAAGUUUUUCCUUGCCUGACAUUGAGAGCAGCUAGCUACUUUUAAUUCCAACCAAUAUCAUAUUGAUAUUUGAUAACUUAUCCUUCUGAUUGGUUUAUCCACGGCCAUAAAUCAAUUUAACCAAACAUUUGACGAGGUAAUAAAAUAAUAAACUUGUCUUUAAUUGAAGAUGUUUAGUCAAAAAAGUCCUUUAAAUUAUCGUAAUGAUGUGGAAGACGUUAUUUUAUUGUUCACCGACGGACAUCCAACAACUCGAAAACUGUUUAAACCCGAAGACCUAGGACCUCUCCUACAACUGGUCAGUGGUAAUUCAACAGAACUAAAGGAAAAGGAUGUUACAAUUAUCGGCGUGGUUGCUGGACAACAAGAAGUGAGACGAAACUUCGCUCACUUCAUUAAAAACUGGACAACGUCGGUAUUUGAAACAGAUUGGAACAAUGCAUUGGAGAGCCUCGCAAAUACUAUCGUGGAUCCUUUGUGUGGCAACCCUACCAGUAAGUAUACUUGUUUAUGAUUGAAAGGAAUGAAUGCGACGAUAACUGAAAAACUACGUAACAUUUUUAGGUAGUUGAAAUACCGACAUGCAUGUACUAACUCGCGCCGUUUCUAACCAAGUAAUAUUUCCUAUACCUUAUCUUGAGUAUCUAUUUAUUAGACACCCCAAGCACGAUUCCUCCAAGUACAACGAUUUCUCCAAGUACAACGAUUUCUCCAAGUACAACGAUUUCUCCAAGUACAACGAUUCCUCCAAGUAGAACCAUUCCUCUAAGCACAACGAUUCCUCCAAGUACAACCAUUCCUCCAAGCACAACGAUUCCUCCAAGUACAACCAUUGCUCCAAGCACAACGAUUCCUCCACGUACAACGACUGCUCCGAGCACAACGCUUCCUUCAACACCAAUGACUACUCUGCCCGGAGGCUGUUCUGGAAGAAUAGGCAAAGACGUACUUUUUGUUGUAGACGGCACGGCGAACUCCCAACAGGCCUACGAUCUAGCUCAGGAAGAUUUCAACAAAAUUAAAGAAUUUAUCUUGUCCAUAAUCCGUGACCUGAAUCAUCAGUUUAGGGUUGGAGUCAUGCAGUACACUGGUAAGGACUCUGCUAAAAUGGAAAUCGAUUUCAUGAGUCCCCUGAAAUUUCAGGAAAUUACAAUCAUGCAGAAAAGGGGUUAUGAAAGAUAUACUGGCGAUGCUUUGAAGGAAGCUAAUAAUAAGGUAGAUAUUUAUUUAAGAUAAAACACGCUCUGAAUAUUAAUAUCUUUUAGUAAAAAUAUAAAGAUUGAAAAUGACUGUUUGGUUGGUCAGUGCGCCAGACUAAGAAAUUACCAAUUUUAAAGAAAAUGUAAUUCCAAGAAGUACAUGCAAUGCCAAUGGAUGAAAAAAUUGGUCUAAAGCUAUUUUUAGUAUAAAGUGAACUUUGUUUUGUCUAAAAAUACUAUUAUAACUGUCGAAACAUGCAAAACUAUCUAUUCUAUUACACUAGCAUAACAGGGACAAAUAUAAUAUUUUAUUUGCAGUCUCGAUCUACGAUUUAAAUUUUUAAACCUGUGUAUUCAUAUACUAUAUAAAACAAUUAUUUACCUGAGGCGAGUAAUUGUUUAUAUUUGUUGGCAAAAAUAUAGAAUUCGUAGAUGUGCUUAAUUAAAUUUUCUGAUGCUGACCACCACCUGGUUAAUUAAGCUUAUCAAUACUCUUGUCCUUAAGAAUAAAUUUGUGGCAAGAUGUGUCUGUCGAUCGAUUCUGGUGGAUUCAAGCUUUAAUACGAUAAGCUGAUAACUCUUUCUCUCUUUUUCAGUUCUACAUGCACGAUCAUCUCCAAAACCGCGAGAACAACCCCGACGUAAUCGUUCUGAUCACACGAGGCACGCCAAACGACCUAGACGUCGCUAAAAGCGAAGCAAAAGGUUUGUUAUCGCGACGUAUUAAACUGAUACCAGUGGGUGUUCAUUCAGGAGCAUCCGCCCCAUAUCUUGCAGCUUUCUUGGGUGUCAUGAAUAAGUGUACGUUCUUGUCAAAAUACAAGGAUCUCGAGAAAAAUCGAAAAGCAGUUCUUGAUGAGAUACGUGUAUGCAAUGGUCCGCGGAUAUGUGGAGGACGUAAGUAUCCCUAAGAAUUAUUUUAAUAGGGAUGAAGACGAAUAUUUAUCAUGAAAUUAUUUCUGCCAACUCGAGUCGUAUACACCGAGCCGACAACGUUUGGACGAGACUGAGCGAAAUAACUGCACGCUAACAGGGGCGGCGCUAUACCUCUUUGAAGGGCGGGGGCGUGAAGUGAAUUUUGCCGAGUUAUCAAAAGAAAUUUUACCGAGUUACUUCAACCUGGCCGGGGAGGGGUUCCAGACAUGAUAUUUGGCAUCUUAUUUUGUGUUUAACUACCGUUGUUCGUUUCAUUUUUCCAUAAUUUAAAAAUUUCUCCACACUUUAGCUACCAUUCUUAAGUUUUAAUCAGUGUACUUUAAUUUGGGUCUCUUUAAAGAACGGAAACCGAAACGACCGAAACCGAAAGGCGAAACGACCGAAUCCGGAAACGACCGAAACCGGAAAUUCCCGCCUAAUUUCCCGCAUAAAAUUGCCUCAGCAUGCGAGCAUGCUCACCGGGAGAAAGGUGAGUCUGCACGGAACCAUGCUUUCGCAUCUGCUAAACGCGAACCAAAUCAGCGUCGACUGGGAUAAUAAACAAAAAUGUACAAAUUUCUACUUUUAAUUAAACAAUCUGACCAAUGUAAAUUUAUUUAUAGUAAAGAAACGGAUCCAUAAUAAAUUAGGAACUAACUUAUUCAAUAUUUGGUUCCAUGUUUGUCUGAAAUCUCUUGUAAUGUAGAACUGAAAGAGUACAUAAGUUAUUUUUUUACAGAAAACAGGAUCUAAAUUCUACUUCCUAACGAAAACAUUUCUUUUUAACUACCAUAGCAACGCCACCUCCAGUUUGCAGCGGAAGCCGGCAUGAUAUUUUCUUUGUCGUGGACGGAUCCGCCAGCAUCAAGAGUCAUAACUUUGAUAAAGUUAAAAAUUUCCUGUCUCUCCUCAUCCCUCAACUAACAGUAGAAUCUUCAGCUACAAAUACUGGACUUAUGCAAUUCAGCAAGGAAGAUCUGACGACGGUGGAAUGGGACCUGGGGCGAUAUUCUGAGAUUGAAACCAAAAAUAAUGCACUUAACCUGGAGUAUCAAGCAGGAACGCGGACUGAGGCUGGCGAUGCAUUAACUCGUGUCAUUAAUGAGGUAGGUCUCAAAUGGAGGGCAUAAUAAAACGGCUUGUUAUUUGAUUCACCAAAUCCGUGCAGAAAUUGCUACCACAUUUGGGCCGAAAAUGGUAGCAAUUUCCGCACGCAAUACAAAAGUAUACAAAAUUUGCAAAUUUUGCAAGGCUACAUUUUCCGCAUUUUACAACAUUUCGUAACCAAACUGUGCAAUUUUACUCAUUUUAGUAUGAUUUAUUUGCAUCUCCUUGUCUAGUUUAAAAUUAGUCUAUAUAAAUAAUAUAAUGGAAAUUGUCUAAUGGCCGUUUGGCGAGGAUACUGUAGCCGGAUGGCAUUUAAUUUCAAUUCCACUUUUGCUUCAAUUUCCAUCCCCUGCACUUUAUUAAUCUGGUGUAUGGAUCUUUCUCUAUCCCAGGUCUUCACCGGAACAAAUGGCGACCGUCCAGACGUCAAUGACACCUUGAUUCUCUUUACGGAUGGGGAUGCACAUGAUCUGAGCACGGCCCUCGAACAGGCUGAAAUCCUGAAGAAAAAAGGUGUUCGCAUUAUCACAAUUGCGGCUGGCAAGGAAGAAUCGGUGCAAUUAUUCCAACCAAUAUUGAUUAAGAUGGCUUCUUCACCUGAAUAUGUGAUGAAAGUCAACUUUGAAAAUCUGGAUUCCUUUGACUUUGUCGAGAAGGCCAGCAACGCUGUUUGCCCAAAGGCAAAGAAGCCAGAAAUAGAAAAUAUAGACAAAUGACAAAAAUACGAGGACAAAUAGUCAUUUCUUUGUGAUAUUUAUACAGCGCCUUUCAUACUUAUUUACGAUUAAGAUAUUUAGUUAAGUUCUCUAAAUUAAAAAUAAACUCAUGUUAAUAAAUUGCUUAUAUAUUAAGAGCAUAUUAAUUACUACAGUGUAGUAGUUUCAAAAUAUAUAAUAGGCUUUAGGAAAAAUACAUAAUUAUUCACAUAUAAUAUUAUGCGUUUUGUUGCCUUCUAUAUAUGAUUUGAUAAGUUAGUAUUUGAACAAGGGAACAUGUUAGAAUGAGAUUUGUUUUAUUUUCCUCGAAAAAAAAAAAAAUGGUUUGGUACCUUGUUCUUUCAAAAUACUGACGGUUGUCCGAGUAGUCUCCAAAGAGUGCUCGGACAACCGUCGGUAUUAUGAAAGAAUAGGCACCCAAACCAUUUCUUUAUUUAUUUUUUUCGAGGAAAAUAAAACAAAUCUCAUUCUAACGUGUUCCCUUGAUUUGAAGAUUGAAUAUUUCGAUCACGGUUGAAGAUUUACCAUUGUUUAUACUUAAGUCAGAAUCGCUCUUACAUCGCCCAUAAUAAUUUCAUGUAUAGGUGCAUGGAUCCCAUUUGCCACCAUGUUGACAUUUGCCACCAUGUUGAAUCAGUUUAAAGGAUUAGUGUAACACCAUGAUAUUGCGGGCUCCAAUUCCUGCUGGCAGCCAAAAAAUUCUUAAAAUGUAUAAAAGGUGCGAUUUAAACUUAUUUCAUUUCAGAUUAUUAAGAUAAAUAAUUUACGGGCAAAAACCAGUUAAGUUUAAUGAACAUUUAUAUUAUAUUGAAGCUUAUUAUAUAGAAAACAUCAUAACAUACCUAUACAUUAUAUAUUUCUGAAAGUUACUGGUAGUUCUAUAAUUGAAAGUAAAG